AUGAUCUACCCCGCCAGCUGGCCGCCCUGGAGCCAGGACCACCCCACACCCGAGGAGGGUGAGGGGAUGAGGGGAGUCACGCAGCACGAGGCAGACACGGACCUGGCCUCCACCUCAAGGGCUAGCUCGGUACCAGCAGAGCAAGGCGACCCGCCCACCCCGACAGCAUCCCAGGUGAUCUUCAUCCCAGCGUCGCCAGCGCCUCCGAGUGAGAGGUCGCUCACGCCUACAGUACCCAUCGGGAAUGACGAGCAGCGCGGCCAAGAAGGUGGAGAGGGAGUCGAUAGCUUCGAAAUGACCCCCCCCCCUGCAUCCCAGCAGGGCGCGGAGGCGGCAGCAGCCAGUAUCGAGAGGCAGUACGAGGGCAUCGACAUCCUCACGCGCCAGCACACCUCAGCAGCCGCCGCAGUUGCAGCCCUCGAGAAGGAGGUCAGGGUCCCGAGGGGCCAGGACUCCAAUCAAGGGCGCUACCGCAGCUGGUGUUGGCAGUGGGAGGACGACUCCCAGACGCAGCAGCCAGCAACUUCAGCGUUCCCAGUCACCAGGGUCUCGAGGGGCCAAUGUGACACCGCCACGGCCGACGCGAGGGCCGCCCGCCGCGUCUCGAGGGGCGCCAGGAGCAAUGGAAGCAAGCGCGAGCAGUUGCAGCAUUUCGUUCAGCCCAGCGGGCAGCACGCCGUGCACGACGUGCUGCCGAGGCACAGCGUGGAGACCAACGCCUCGGCCACCACCGAGCAGCGGUGCACGCAGCAUUCCACCUACGGCCACAGCAUCGACUGCCCGUGCGGCUUUCGGGGUUUCAUUGCUGGCAAGGUCACCGAGUCUCUGCAUGACAUGGCGAAUAACGAGAAGGUGACGGCGUACACGGCUGAGCUCACGGCAGUGCUGUGGGCAGUCAUGUGGGCCCUUGGUCAAGACACCACCGUCCCCAUCGAGAUCACGCCUGAUGCCCUGGACGUCAUGCACCUGGCCAAAGGUGAUGCCCAAUGCCACGUGCACCCACGGCUUGGUGCCGCAAUUCGGUCGCUUGCUGGACUCCUCCAAGAAGCUCGACCUACUCAGUGGAAUCACAUUAACUCACAUUUUGGCCACCCUUGGAAUGAGCUUGCAGACGGAGUAGCAGAUCAUGCCUCGGCCACCGACCUGAUGGACCCGGAUCUAGCCGCAGUACAAGCGAUCGCACACAACAAGUUCCUGUCCUGGGAGUGGUUUCGCACAGCGCCUGGUGCAGUCAAGGCCGCAUACCCUCCCAUGCAAAACCAAGCCUUCAUCAUUGGAGCCACCCAGCCCCAGGCAGCCCCCAGUGCGAUCCAGCGGCCCAUCAGCACGACCACCAUCAAGGCCGACCUCAGCUUGAAGCUGUGCACCUACAACUGCAGAUCACUCCUAGCCGCCGUCAACUUCAAGUCAGGCAAAGGCAAGGCGGCCAGCAAAAGCAAGCAGAGCAUCUCCAAGGUCACACACCUAGCAGCACAGUUUUCUGGCAUGGGCCUACAUUUGGUAGCCCUCAAGGAGACGCAGAGCGAUGGAGAUGUCCGCCACGUUGGGGAAUAUGUCUGCUACUCCCCAGGUCAUACGCAGCAGAACAGAGGAUGCGACAUUUGGAUCAACGUCUCCAAGCCGAUCAGCGUGGGCGGGGUCGCGAGGUACCUAAGCGCCAAAGAUGCCCUCGUCCUCCACCAGCACGACAGGCGCUUGAUCAUCAAGACCCGCGUGGCAGGCACGGACAUGGUCAUCGCCUCCGCGUGCGCCCCCCAUGAAGAAUCUCAGUCGGCUGAGAAGACAGAGUUCUGGGAGUCUGCCCAGCGGCUGGCUGCCAAGUACCACGUGGACAUCUUCAUGGGGGACCUGAACGGGCGUCUAGGCGACUGCGAGUCCCCAGGAGUUGGCGCCAGUGGGUAUCCAGAACCAACCAAUGGCAAUGGCAAGCAUAUCAUAAACUUCGCAGCCGACACCGACAUGGAGGUCAUCAAUACCACGAAGGAUCCAGGAAGCGACUCGUAUACGCAUACUGGAUCUAAGGGGCAGCGCCACAGGAUUGACUACAUCCUGCUGUGCUCCUCCAUCGCCCCGUACGUAGCGAGCUGCAGCACGACCACCAAGGCCUCAGGGCCGAGGCCCGAUCUGAGCAACCUAAACAAUGACGACGCCAAAGCCAGCUUCAAGGAGAUUCUCAAGCAGGCUCCGAUCAUCCCCUGGGAGGUGGACGUCAACACUCACUGCGAGGAGGUCACCAGAGUCGUCAACGAUGCGGCCAUCCAGGCCUUCGGCAAGGCCGUCAAGGCAGCUCGGAAGCCCUACAUCACUAAGACCACCAUGGGCGAGGUCGGAGCCUCGUUGUCCCUGUGGAGUGCAGUGCGGGGCGACGACGACGGCGCCAUCUACGACAUCCACUACUACGCGAACCUCCUCCUGAACUGGGCGAUCUCACCCAUGGACUAUGCCAUGGCCAUUCACUCCUUCCUCACCAGGUCAGGGCUGCUCACGGCCUCGGCAGUCGAGAAGGACCGAAGCGUAUUCCUCAGUCGGCUAGCCUCAACUGCGACCUCCGCCUCUGCCGCGAACGACGCGGCGGCCCAGUGGAAAGCCUAUCGGGACCUACUAAGGUAUGGCGGGAAGAAGGCGCGGUUUCCAGCAGGAAAGCCGAUGAGACUGGACCAGAACGGAGAGGUGGUCCACAACUCCCAGGACAUGGCGGACCAGGAGCUCAACCACUUCGCGAAGAUACAGGCAGGCAAGAUUGUGACAGCGGACGACCUUGCCCACAAGUACAACCAGGACAGCCAGACCAGGCCCUUCGACGGCAUGCUGGAUCUCUCCAUGGUGAUGCCCCUGUCCGUCUGCCAGGCCCAGUUCGCCGCGGCAAAGGCUGGGGCGCAAGGAGGCCCCGACGGGCUCACGAACGCCAUCCUCAGGGCAGCCCCUGCAGAGGCAGCCAAGCUACUGCACCCCCUCUUCACCAAGGUGGCGACCACGGUGCGGGAGCCGCUGAGCUUUAAGGGCGGGGAUCUGGUCGCCAGCCCCAAAGGCAAGGGCGAUCCCCGCUACCUCUUAGCCUACCGCGAAAUCCCCUUGAACAACGUCCUGGGCAAGCACCGCCACACAUACCUGAGGACCAUGCUCAACGCCACCCUCGCCAUAGCGCUGGAUGACAUCCAGGUUGGAGGCCGGCCCAAGAGGGGGUCUGACAUGGCGGUCCUAGCAGCGCGCCUCUUCACCGAGAGAAGCCAGGCCCAAGGGAAGUACUCCAUGAUCAGCUGCUACGACCUAAAGGAGGCUUUCUACUCGGUGGUCGUCCAGCUGGUCCACAGCAUCCCAGGCGAAGAGGAUGAAGUCAGGGAGGUGCUCGACAACCUAGAAGUUCCCCUGUGGGCCCAGCCGCAGCUGGAGCAACUCAUGGCUAACCCAGGGAUACUCGACACCGUGCUGGACGGCUCCCACCUGGCUGCCCUCAUCGCCGAAGGGUACCGCAACAGGUGGACAUCGCGCAGGUUCUCCCAGAGCUUCAUGGCCCCGCACAAAGGUACGAGGCCUGGAGUGCCCCUCGCCGACGCGGACUUCAAUCUGCUCUUUGGCCGGGUCCACCGCAUGGUCGACAGCUACCUUCACGUCAAGUACCUCAGCGACCGCGUCGAGUACUGCGAGUUCGAGCGCUGCACAGUCAAGCAGACCACCUCGACCAGUACGACCUGCGAGCGCCACGUAACCAAGCAGUACUGCGAGCUGAACCGCAGGUUCAAGAUUCAGUAUUGGGCCACGCAGGCCGGCCUCGACACGGCCAGGGCGCUGGAGGUCGGAGAGCGGGCAGGACAGGUGACGCAGCUGGCCGAGGCUGCUUUCCUGGGCGGCAGCGCAUCGGGCCAGAGGGCAAGUCGCAGGGCGCCCGCGUGUCGGCCGCGCGCGCGGCUAGGCUUGGGCGCAGUGGCGCCUCUGUUGCGGCUCAGGGAGCGGAUCCAUCAGGUGCUGGAGCUGAACCUCGCCGACCUCAACAACGAUGAGGACCAGGCCUACAAGAAGGUGAAGCUGUGCAUCGAGGAGGUGCAGGGGCGCAACUGCCUCACGGACUUCCACGCGCUCGAGUUGACCCGCGACAAGCAGCAGUCGCUCAUUCGCAAGUGGCACACGCUGAUCGAGGCCCACGUGGACGUGAAGACCACCGACGGCUACCUGGUCCGCCUGUUCUGCCUGGCUUUCACGAAGAAGCAGCCGGGCCAGGAGAAGAACAACUGCUACGCGCAGACUGCCCAGAUCCGCAAGAUCCGCAAGAAGAUGACGGACAUCAUGACCGGCGAGGUCAACAAGGUUCAGCUGCGGGACCUCGUCAAGAAGCUCAUCCCCGAGUCCAUCGGGAAGCAGAUCGAGAAGGACGCGGGCCGCGCCUCGCAUUUGUCCUGA